GCGGCAGUGUGGAUGUUGUUGGUGGAUGCCGUUCAGAGACAGACAAGACGCAAAGACUGGCCCGUGCGUCCCUCGACCAACGUCAACGUUGUCGCACAUUAGCAUGACAGCCGCCAGAGCUGUUCCUGUCACCUGCCUGUCAGCCCAAGCUCCCGUUUGGCAACUCGAGAGAGCAUCACGAACUCCAUCAUCCUUGGUGGUCCCCGUCCCUCGGAAUCCACACCUUGUCGUCGUUCACUUACACCACGAUAACAAACGGGUUCUACAGCCGCCACCAUGGCUUCCAAAGUCGUCACCGGCGUGGUCAAGACCACCGCAGGCGGCGUUGUGCCCGUCAGCCAGAAAUACACUGUCCAAUCCGUCGGCGUCUGGGAGCGCAUCCGCCGCGCCUUCGCUAUCGACCCUAACCGCUCCAACGGCGUUCCCUUGGUCCCCUACAACCGCAAUCCGUCCCCCGGCUCUCUCGACCCCUUGGCCUACGAUGAUCCCGUCACCAUUCCGGCCGGCGACAUCGCCGACAACCCGUACUGGAAGCGCGACGCUCGGCGCAACUACCCGCGCCUGAGCGUGGUGGGCCAGGCCGAGGCUGUUGCCUUGCUCAGUGUUGGCAGCGCGAGCCACCCCCGUGUCGAGCUGGUGGGCGAGAACGGGAGCAAGCAGCUGGUUGCGGCGCAGGAGGCUGGCAAGACGGGUGGUUUGGCCAAGUACUUUGAGGGAACCGGUGUGGAGGCUGGUAAGCUUGUGUUGGCGGAGACGGGAGGUCUGCCGCCGUUGCCUAGUGGUGAGAAGCUGAGGGAGGGCGGCAAGUGGGAUGUUUACAAGUAUCAGUUGGCUGAGGAGCCUUCUUAUUCUGAGGCCUACCCUUGCAGGUCGUUCUCUUAAGUGGAAGCAGAGUAAGAUGAGCUUGUGAGCAGGACACAUGAGCUAAAAGGGACCACAGAACCUUUGAUGGAGGGAUGACAACAGACAUAACAAGACCACAGAGACCAGAUACGUUCGGGCUGGUGUACAUAGCAGGCAAGCAAGCAAGCAAGCGGUAGACGGAACGUAUAGACUUUGCUUAGAUUAUGGCAUUCGACGUCCAGAGGGAAAUACGGUUUUUGAGAGUAACUGACGUUUGGGCCAUGACCCAAAUAUGAGAUUUGGCAUAUCUGACCCUCCAGCACUUUGUAUUCUGCCCCGAUUUGAUAUUUCCCAUCCUCGAACUUCCACGUCUAUGGUCCCAAGUCCCGACACCACAUCCUCAGCAUCUCAAACCUUUCUCUUCUCCCUAUAUGGCCUCAUUCGCCUCCCAGUUCCUUAUUCCCCC